AGGAUGUCAAGAUGGCUGCCACGUACAUCUGAUCGGAGGUGUGUGCGCUCGCGAAAUUUGACGCCGAACUGUGAUAAAAGGGGCUGUCUUUUUCGAGUUCCUGACAUGGUGACAGUGCGAAGUUAGUCGGUCUGUAUCCAUGAGCACCACUUUGUGCACCCUCGAUGAUAGUUUUUGUCGUCGCGGCCGCCGGCGGCUCGCAUUGAACCAUGUUCAGCAAAAAACUUCAUGUAGAUGUCAAAAAGUCAACACUGAAGAUUCAGGAUGUUAAAAAGGAUAGCGCGACUCGGUUCAAGCAUCUUAAAAUCGUACUAGAAAAUGUGGACACUGAUGAAGCAAAGGGGUUUUUUGAAGGCAACUUCAGUCAUGUCUAUUUUAUUCUAUAUGAUUGUUUUGUGUCAGCUGAGACAAAUCUACGGCAACGAGAACUUUCCUUCCACAUUGUGCAUAAAGCACAUAGGGAGGAACUGGAACAGGUGUUGCAACUCUUAGAAAAAGUUUUAACACUUCUCCCCGAACUUCUUAAUAGAAGAUGGCAAUGUCAUAGUUUAGCAAGAAUUUUGCAAAAACUUUUACAUCCUGGUAAUAGUUGGAAACUACGAAGAGAAGCUAUACGGUAUUUUAUUUUGUGGUACCAAGCACUUGGCGAAAAUGCUCCUGAUCAUAUCCAUCAAAUGUUUGCAAACUUGAUACCUGGGUUUCCACCCCAGCAACCAUCUCCUUAUAAGUCUGAACAUAAAAUAGAUGGAAAAAAGGAUAAACUUACAAAAGUUAUUGGUUGUGAAGAUAAAGAUAAGAAGGAAUUUUAUGAUACACAAUUGUCACAAAGUACUUUUCAUGACAAUGGUUCAAAUCAAUAUCCUGUCACACCGGUUGACAGUGGACCUAUUUUACCUCCACAAAGUGGGGAGAAACCUCUUGAUAAUGAGACUGUUCGAUUUUUAGAAGCAUUACUUGAAUUUAUGGUUACUCAGGUUGUAAAGAUAGAAUGGAGAGAUAAAUCUUCUCGACAGCACAAGACUUUUCAAUUUUUAUUAGAACGUUUUAAAGCUACGUACCUUCGUCAUAUUUGUCCUGAAUUUGACGAUAAUUUUUCGUUAUAUAAACCGAAUUUAGAAUUGCCUACGAUGCGUAAACCAACGAAUCAGAGUCAGGAUAAUUAUGUAUUAUGUAAAGUUGCUUUGAUUAAGUGGAUUGCUAGUUUUACCCAUAUUGCUAGAAAAGAUGCUCGUGUCGCACAUCUUUCACAUAGCACAACUCCAAAUGAAGAAAAUACAGAGUCAGAACUUCGUCGUGUUUCAGUCACUCAAAAUGCCGCUGACUCGACUUUACUUUCUCCUGAAUCAACUACACCUCAGCAAGAGAAUCAAAAUCAAGAAGACAGUACUGUUUCAGCAGUUACUCUUGUUAGAGAAGUUCUAUAUGGAAACAGAGAUAACGUGAAUUUUGUACAUGAAUUGUAUAGACAAGCAUUUUUGCUAGACUUUAAUCAUGCUGGUGCUAUAAGAAAAGCUAUAGCUGUUUAUAAAGAUUGGAUUCAGAUGAAUGAACUACCACCAUUCAUGUUAGAACCAUUGGAUAGUCACAAGGAAAGAGAUUUAGAAGAGAAUUUGAAAAAAGAUAUCAAUGAUAUCGAUAAAAGUCCUUCUGAAAGCUAUCGCCAAACAAGAUUAAGGAAUGAUUCUUACCUUGGUGCUAUACACAGAGAAAAUUUAUUUAUAAGGGCGGGACUACAAAACGUUCUACAAGUGUUCAUCACACAAGCUUCUAAUGUCUUUUUCUUAGAAAAUUCUGGACCGAAUGCGUCGCUGACAUUACUUGAAGAGCAAACUGAUAGUUGUAAAAGAGUUCUAAACGUAUAUCGAUAUGUUGUAAUGAAUUCUCGAUUAGAACCAGGUACCUGGGAACAGUUACUUAGGGUAUUGCUACAAAUAACAUCACUUGUUUUAAACGAAAAAUCUUCUCGGCGCAAGAUUCAAGAGAGCAUUGGUGGUAAACUUGCCCCUGCCAUAUUUCAGACUUUAAUUGUUACAUGGAUUAAAGCCAAUUUAAAUGUUGUUAUUUCUACGCAAUUAUGGGAUCAGUUUCUAGAAGUACUGACAUCUUUAACGCAAUGGGAAGAAUUAAUUCGAGAAUGGGCUAAAACAUUGGAUACCUUAACAAGGGUACUUGCUAGACACGUAUACAACUUGGAUUUAAAUGAUUUACCCUUAGAUAGACUAAGUGAGCAAAAAACUAAAAAGCGUCGUGGUGUUGGAAGUCGAGCUGCUUCCACCGGAAGUGUUCAACCACCGCGCAAAGGAAGUGUUGAUCAAGAUAAUAAUACCGUAUCUAAAGAAAAUGUUUCGGAUCACCCAAUGCGAGACUUAAGGAAAGUACGACCUCUUCCUCGUAGUGCAAGCGAUAAUACGAUAUACAAUGGAAAAGCACGGACAAAACUUCAUAGGAACCGUACACAUACCGUACACAGUGGUAUCCCUGUACUCCCUCUAUCGAUAGAGCAAGAUAUGGCACGGCUAUUAUCAAAUGGUGCUAUUUCAACGUCGGCAGCUGGUCGAAAAAUGUUACCGAACAGGCGAGCUAAAUCUUUGGAUAGCAUUGUUAUAGUCGAUAGUGAACCACCAUCUCCGCGUUGUCCUUCUCCGACACCAAGCAGUGGAGUCGACAGCAACAAGGACAGCCCAAUACAAAUAGAAAACAUUGAUGGUAGUAGUAUCGACACAAACGAUGCAUCAGAGAGAAGAUCUGUUAUGGCAGGUGGUGGUGUUCGCGGAUGGUUACCUGAUGUUGCAGUCGUAUUAUGGCGUCGUAUGUUAUCAGCAUUGGGGGAUGUAAAUAAUAUUCAAGAUCCUACCCUUCAUGGCCAAGUCAUGGAUUACCUUGUCCAACUUACACAAACACUUAUAAAAAUUCGUUUGAAUCAAGGUGUUUCUGGAGACAAUCAAGCAACUCCACCAGCUCCAGAACUUAUACCUCCAUUGACAGUUAUUGCCCCAUGGUGUUUCAAGGCAAUACAACUUCCUAGUCAAUACGAAGUUGGUAAAUUGGCAGCAUAUCGUUUGAUCUGUCUUUUGACAAUUCAACCACAAGACAUUAAUUUACCAAAACAACACUUAACUCUUUUUUACCGUGCGGUCCACAAUGGUAUCGUUAGUAACGAUAGUAAAGUGUUACACGUAUUGGUCAGGUAUACUGGUCCUAGGUUGUUCAGUUUGAAUCUUCCUGGAUCUAGUCUUUUAAUCUUGGAUUAUAUUCACGCUGCUAAUGUAAUACUAAGCAGUCAAGAUAUCGAGGCACCAAGGACUGAAGCUGUUUCAAUAAUUGGAUCUUUACUGUCAUUACCAGCCACGACAGUUAAAUUACCUGUAUUUCAGCCCAAUGCAUCAGAUAUCGCGACUAUGACAUGUCCAGAUGCAAAGGAGCAUAUAAUCACAAUCCUUUUAAGAAGUUGUAGGCGAGAACCAACCGGUAUUGCAAGAUGUGUAGCUCUCUCAAGCAUUGCUAUGUUUGUAUACAGAGAGUUAUGUUACAAAAAUCAACAUCCAAGAAUCCCAGAAGCUGUGACAGUUCUUCUUUUAGCACUUAAAGCUAGCCAUGCUACUGUUGCUCAAGUGGCAUGUGACUCUCUUCUAUUAUUAUGUGAUAAAGCGGACACUUUGUUAGAGCUGUAUCCAAAUGUGCCAUGUAAAAUAAUUCAAAUUUUAUCAGAAACACUUGGAUAUAUGAGUACUCGAGAAAGACGUGGUCCUUUGACAAUAUCAAUGUUAUUUUGUUUGGGUGAAUGGGCUAUGCAUCUUGGGCCAUCCGUUCUAUUACGUGUAUUUCAAGGAAAACCCCUUUUAAUGACUUUAUUUACAGUUUUGGAUAACAUAGUACAAGAUAAAAUUGAUAAAGAUAUAUUACAAACAAAUAAAAGUCAUGAAGAUGAAGAUGAUGAUUUUGAUCCUGAUAUUACUUUGGAUAACUUAGCCGACGAAGUUUGUACAAAAUCUCCCCGCCGAAGCAAUAUUCAAUCUGUUCAGUUAGCAGCAAAGAUGGUAAUGAUGCAUUUAAUAAAUCAUUUGGGACAUUUUCCAAUGGGUAUUGGGGCUGCUCGAUUAUCUUCAUUAGUUGUCGAAUUAGACGAUGUACCAGGAAUUGAUGGGGAUGAAUUAUCUUCUGCAAUUUUCCAUGCACCAAAUAUACAACUCUUGAUGUUAUCAAAUUCCGUAAUAAUGUCAUUUGUUGAACUGGCAGCACUAGAUGCACCUGGAGGAGGUGUCACUGCUGGAUUAACAACAGCACCAUCAUUAGUUAGAGUGUUAUUACGAGAUUUAGCAGGAAAAGCAUCUUGGGAUAGCUCUAUUUUAUACAGCCAACCGUUUGUUGAAGACGAUGUACCGAUAGCAUUUACAAAACAUGUUGAGUGGAAAGCAAAAGUACACGGAGAAGAUUUAAACAGUGUUACAACAUCUCAAACCUGUACACCACGACAUACAAUAAGACAUCGUGAGCCUCAUAUACUGCCCACGUUUGCAAAUGCCGCUAGCGACAUGGACAAUUUAGAUGAUCUCUUACAAUAUAUAGGACAUACAAGUCCGGAAGUAUUAACUAAUCCAGAAAUAGCACUUAAUGCGCCUGCUAAUCCACCACAGGGUCACUAUCUUGAAAGUGAAACCAUUGCCACGAUUCUCAACCAGAGAAACGCUGAACAAGAGCAUAUCAAUAAUUGGAGUCAGCACAUUAGCAUGUGUGCAUCAGCAAUAAGUCCACCAUCAUGUCGUCCACCUCCAGCACCAUUUCAUCACUGCCGUCUUUUGUUUUCGCACUUAGGUUUAUCCGGUUGGGAACAACGUAGAAAAUUGCAUUUAUUAUCCAAAAAUGAAAAGCUUUUACGAGAAUUACGAAAUCUCGAUAGCCAACGAUCUAGAGAAACUCAUAAAAUAGCAGUAAUCUAUGUCAGUCAAGGACAAGAAGACAAAAACUCUAUAUUGAGUAAUGUCACAGCUAGUAAAGAAUAUGAAAGUUUUAUCGCCAGAUUAGCUUGGGAGGUUGAACUUGAAUCGCAUACAGGUUUUCUUGGAGGUCUUAUACCUGGAAAGGCGUCUGGUGUUACAGCACCAUAUUUCGCAACAUCUUUUACGGAAAUCCUUUUUCAUGUGGCAACAAGAAUGCCUUCUGAUAGUCCUGAAAGUUUAUUACAGAAAACACGACAUCUUGGUAACGAUGAGAUUCACAUAGUUUGGUCCGAGCAUUGGAGAGAUUAUCGUCGAGAUAUUAUACCAACUGAAUUUUGUGAUGUUUUAAUAGUAAUUUAUCCGUUACACAAUAAAUUGUACAGAAUUCAAAUUUCUCGAAAGCCAGAAAUUCCAUUUUUUGGACCUCUGUUUGAUGAGUGUAUUGUUGAAGAUAAAGUUUUACCUGGAUUAGUGAGAACAACAGCACUGACGGCAAGUAGGGCAAAACGAUCUACACUUACGUUAUAUCAACAUUAUUAUGAAGAGAGAGCAAGAUCUAUUGAUACUGUUAUGCGGAAUCAUAAAGAAGCUACCACGUUCGAAGAAUUUACAGCUAAUGUAUACUCGCCGGUGCAACCACCAAGUCCAUUUAGUGGAACUUCUUCCGUAUCUGGAUCUACAACAAGCGUGCAAUCCACAGCAUCGUCAAACCUCGCAGCAGCGCUUAUAGAUUCACAUCAGGGCCGAUCGGGUCUGCGAAGUUCUUCGGCAGCUAGCAGUGAUAACCGCGCGAAUAGAGUCUCUGAUGGAAGCAGAGUAUGGUUUAGUAAUGAUACUCCAGACAGUACAGUACUUCAUGGAAUAUCUCCCCGACCUGUGAAAAAGAUGUCGUUCAAAACUGGACCGAAACAGAGAGCAAACACUCAACCCACGCCUCCCGACAGUCCAAGAUAUAAAUAAGGAGUUUUGUACCAGUACCAUAAAGAAAAAAACAUUUUUUGCACAAAUGGUUGUUUGG